AUGAUCCCGCUUAGAUCUUUGAGCUGUUUCCUGUUUAUUUUCGGGUUUCUGUACAGAGCUAGUUUGGUUUCUGCUGGAGACAUAGUUCACCACGAUGACUCUCUUCCGAAGAGACCGGGUUGCAACAACAACUUUGUACUGGUGAAAGUGCCAACAAGAGUGGAUGGGGUAGAACAAAUGGAGUAUGUAGGGGUUGGAGCUAGGUUUGGCCCAACCUUGGAAUCAAAGGAGAAGCAUGCUACCCUCAUUAAACUUGCUAUUGCAGAUCCUCCUGAUUGUUGCAGCACUCCCAAAAACAAGCUUACUGGAGAGGUCAUUCUGGUUCACCGUGGUAAUUGCAGUUUUACCACCAAAACAAAGGUAGCUGAAGCAGCUGGUGCCUCUGCCAUCCUUAUUAUAAACAACAGUACAGAUCUUUUCAAGAUGGUCUGCGAGAAGGGUGAAAAUGUGUUAGAUAUAACUAUUCCUGUUGUUAUGCUACCCGUUGAUGCUGGUAUCAGUCUGGAGAAUACCGUUGGCAGUAACUCCACUGUUACUUUGCAGCUCUACUCGCCCAAACGUCCAGCAGUUGAUGUGGCUGAGGUCUUUCUGUGGCUUAUGGCUGUUGGUACCAUUUUAUGUGCUUCCUAUUGGUCUGCGUGGACCACCAAGGAAGAAGCUAUUGAGCAAGAUAAGCUGCUAAAGGAUGGAUCAGAUGAACUUUUGCAGCUAUCAACCACGAGCUCUAGAGGUGUUGUGGAGAUCACCGUGUUAUCAGCAAUUCUGUUUGUAGUGGUGGCUUCUUGUUUCCUCAUCAUGCUCUACAAGCUUAUGUCAUUCUGGUUUAUAGAAGUGCUGGUGGUACUCUUUUGCAUUGGUGGCGUAGAGGGGCUGCAAACCUGUUUGGUCGCUUUUCUCUCAUGUUUCAGAUGGUUUCGGCGCAUUGGGGAAUCAUAUGUAAAAGUUCCAGUGCUGGGAGCUGUCUCAUACUUGACGCUGGCCGUUUGUCCCUUUUGCAUAGCAUUUGCUGUUAUCUGGGCAGUUUUCCGUCGUCGUGUCUCUUAUUCUUGGAUAGGGCAAGAUAUCCUUGGAAUCUCGCUGAUAAUCACAGUUCUUCAAAUUGUCCGCGUACCAAAUCUCAAGGUUGGAGUUGUUCUUCUCAGCUGCGCCUUCAUGUAUGACAUCUUCUGGGUUUUUGUUUCAAAAUGGUGGUUCCGUGAAAGCGUCAUGAUUGUGGUAGCCCGUGGUGACAAAAGUGGAGAAGACGGCAUCCCAAUGCUGCUAAAGAUCCCACGUAUGUUUGAUCCUUGGGGUGGCUACAGCAUUAUUGGAUUUGGAGAUAUCAUCUUACCAGGACUGCUUGUAACUUUUGCACUGAGAUACGACUGGCUGGCGAACAAGAGGCUCAAGUCGGGAUACUUCCUCGGGACAAUGUCUGCUUAUGGCCUAGGUCUUCUGAUAACAUACAUUGCACUAAACUUGAUGGAUGGACACGGACAACCAGCUUUGCUUUACAUCGUCCCGUUCAUACUUGGUACAUUGAUAGUGUUAGGUCACAAGAGAGGUGACCUGAAGACACUAUGGACAACAGGAGAACCGGAGAGGCCAUAGAAGCAGACGACGAGAUCUCCCUCAUCGGCAUUUAGGAUGAAUAAAGUAACGGGAGAUGCAGAAAAGGCAGCAUUCCUCGAGGGUCUGGUAGUGACAUUGAAGGAGCGAAUGCACACUGAUGUUCUUGUUAAACCUGGUGACGAAGGUCCUCCCAUUCCCACUCACAAAGCCGUUCUGGCGGCAAGAUCAAAGGUGUUCAGGAACAUGCUAGAUUCGGAUGAAUGCAAGACCUCAACAGAGGAAUCAAUCACUCUCCUGGAUAUGAGCCACGACGAACUCAAGUUUCUUCUUGAGUUCCUCUACAGCGGCAACUUGAAAGCUCCGUACAGCCAAUACCGAGCGCUCUAUCUGGCUGCAGAUAAAUAUGACAUCUUGUAUCUCCAAGACCUCUGCCGAAACCAUUUCAUCGCAACUCUGAGCUCGAGGAACGUCCUUGACAUCCUGGAGCUCGCAAGUAUCCCUAAUGAUACAAUCUUGAAAGACGCGGCGGUGGAUCAUGUCGUUAAACAUAUGGAAGAAGUGGUUGUUCCGAUGAAAUACGAGACCUUUGUGCAGAGGAACCCUGAUCUAAGCGUUAAGAUCACUAGGGCCUUUCUAAGAGAGACCAAUGCUAACAAAGCCAAAGAUCAUAAAGCGAAAGAAGACCAAAGCUAA